UUCUGCAUAUUCAUCAAGUGGAUAUUCAAUAUGGUUUAUCUACGACGCAAGAUUUUAUUUUUCGGAAAUGUGAUUAAUCAGCUACAACAGAGUGUUAGAUGGAGCUCUUCUUUGAGAACUAAAGACAAGAAUUCUGUACCGCAACGUUUCUUUAAGUAUGCAGAUUUAUCUGUCCGCCUCGCUGGACCAAAUCAGUUAAAUCCUAAACCUGAUGUUAAUAAGCUUUCAUUUGGAAAAUAUUUCACUGAUCACAUGCUCAAAAUACAUUAUUACGAAGGCAUGAAUGGUUGGCAAGCACCAGAAAUUAUGCCUUUCGAAAAUAUAGUUCUUCAUCCAGCUGCGAAAGUACUUCAUUAUGCUAUGGAGUUGUUCGAAGGUAUGAAAGCUUACAGAGGUGUUGAUGGCAAAAUAAGGUUGUUUCGACCAGAGUUAAAUAUGGAAAGAAUGAAUAAUUCAGCAGUAAGAGCUGGUCUACCACCUUUCAGAGGGGAAGAAUUAAUUAAGUGCAUUUGCAGAUUAAUUAGUAUAGACCAAGAAUGGAUUCCACAUUCUACCGCCUCUAGUCUUUACAUUCGUCCUACGCUUAUAGGCAUCGACCCUACACUUGGAGUCGCAACUUCGGAUUCAGCUUUAUUGUAUGUAAUCCUAUCUCCCGUCGGAUCUUACUUUAAAGCUACAGAUCGGCAAGUCGGGGUUUCCCUGCUUGCAGAUCCUAGGUAUACGAGAGCAUGGCCUGGCGGUUGUGGUAAUGCUAAAUUAGGCAGCAAUUAUGGACCUACAAUUCAAGUUCAACAAGAAGCCACCGAAAAAGGUUUACAGCAAGUAUUAUGGCUGUACGGUGAAAACAAUGAACUUACAGAAAUUGGUACUAUGAACGUCUUUGUUGUUUAUAUAAAUAAUAACGGAGAAAGGGAACUACUUACACCACCUUUAAAUGGUUUGAUCUUACCCGGAGUUGUAAGAAAUUCGCUUUUAGCUAUAUCUAGGCAAUGGAAUCAGUAUAAAGUUACGGAAAGAUCUAUUACAAUGAAAGAGAUUAUACAAUUAAAUUCAGAUAAUAGGCUGUUGGAAAUAUUCGGAGUAGGUACAGCGUGCGUAGUCAGUCCUGUAUCUUAUAUUGACUUCCAAGGUCAAGAAUUGCACAUACCAACGAUAGAACAACCUGAAGCAAUUUAUCAGAUGCUCAAGAAACAUUUAUUGGAUAUACAGUAUGGUAUUAUACCUGAUCAUCCAUGGAGUUUAAUCGUUGAGUAAAAUAUGAAUGAUAGAAGAUUAUAUUAAUUAUUUUAAUCUACUUAGUAAAAUAUCUCAAAAUCUUUAAGUUUAAGGCAAAGACUGUGUUAAGUUUA